AUGGUUGUGCUUCCAGGCACUGACUUUCUCGAGUCACUGCGGCUCCUUUUUGAAGAAGCUGGACGAAAUGGCCGCGAUGCAAAGCUCGAGUUCACCCACCUGCGCGGCAUCAUCAUCGAGUUUGUUGCCAGCUGCGCUCACAUGAGUUCAGCCAAAGCGAGAGCAAACUGCACCUUCAAGUUCGCUGAUGGCGCUGAGUCUGAAAACAUUCUGGCCCUGCCCCCUUCCAAACUCGACAUCGAAGAGAGCCGCGCUGAGCUCCAUGCCGCAGCCACUGCUGAGGAGUUUAUCGAUAUUCUUCGAACCAUCAUCAACAAGCGAAAGUCUCCCCGCCAAACAGCUAAGGAGAAGCGCGAAGCAAGAAAGAGAACAAAUACUCCUCCUGAGAGUCCUAAGGGCAAGGUCCAGAAACGUCAAGAAGCUGCCAAGCCCAUGAAGGAGAAAUUUACAACUACACCUGAGAACAGCCCCGGCAAAGCAGCACGCCUUAGAUGGAUGCAUCAGACCUUGAAGGAAAAAGCUGCAGAAUCAUCAUCUUCCAACAAAAACAAGCAUAUCGGUCGCACUAUGACCGAGUCCCGCGGAAAUGACACACCUCUUGAAGAUGUAAACUCAGAUGAGCCAGGCCAUAUGGAACUCGACUCUAACACUCUUCCGGCUCCCUCCCAAAGUGAGGCCAACAACGGAGAGAGACAGCAGGACACGGUGGAACCAGAAGAGGGCUCUACUUCUAUCUGCCCCAAGGUUGAACAACAAGAGGACACCCACAUGGAAGACAUGGAAGACAUCCCCGACGACAACGCCGAAAACCACCCUGUCGACCGCAGACCAGGAGUUCUUGAAGUUGUGACUGCAGUCACCGAUAUUGAGCCAUCUGAAUGGAUUGAGUUCAAGCCCAAGCUGCUCAGCAUGCUUGACCGGAUGCAAGUAGUGCCAACACCCGAAGAAUCCAAUGAGGCCUUGAAGCGUCUCCAGGUGGCCAUUUCCCACACCAAACCCGAACGAGCCCUAAUUCCUGCAGACACAUGGGCUCGUUAUGAGAAAAAGCUCAUCGGCUAUGCCAAGAAAGGAUACCUUGAGAGUGCCUGGGCAGAGCGACAUGAAAGGAUCGGCAAGGUCAUCUACCUGAAGGAAGAAGAAGCUGCCAUCCAGGGCGGUGAUUGGGAUCGCCUUCGCGCUGCAGCCCGUAUCUGGGUUAUGCUCGCGGAUACGACUGCACCACCACAGGAACCACUCAAACCCAGCGAAUCGGACAAGUGGCUGGUUGGCAGGCUUGGAGACAUCACCUUUUUGGAGCGAAUGUAUGCGUGCAAGAAGAGGAUGGAGGCGAUCAAAGUUUCUGGGCCAGCGUGA